AUGUCCAAGCCAACCAUCGUCAUCGUCCCUGGCUCCUUCACAUCUGCAGCAGCCUACGAGACACUCGCUUCCGUCUUAGCCAAACAAUACAACUACGAAGUCAUCGUCGGCACUCUCCAAUCUACCAUCCGCGCACCUCCCGAAAAGGCAGCAACAUUACAAGAAGACGCCGCCUAUUUCCGGGGAGUCAUCGAAGCGCUCUUAAACCAGGGUAAAGACGUUGUCGUCGUUGGACAUUCUUAUGGCGGCAUUGUAGCUACCGAAAGUGUCAAAAAGGUCACUCAUAGCGAGCGUCAAGCGCAGGGCAAGAGCACCGGUGGUGUUACUAAGAUUAUCUAUGUGGCUUCUAUAGUUGCAGAGAUUGGAGAGACUGCUAUUCAGGCGAUGGGAGGGCAAUUGGGUCCUACCAUCAAGAUAUUGGGCGACUACAUGUAUUUCGAUACAGAAGCUGGUGCCUCUUACCUCUACGACGGGCUAUCGUCAAACGAGGCCCUGGAAACAGGCCGGAAAUACACUACCAUCCAUGCGACGACAAGCUUCCUUGAUCCGGCCACAAACGCUGCGGUUGACCAUGUCCCCGUGACAUACAUACACACUGCGAAAGACAAUAUCGUCCCCCCGGAAAGACAGCAGCAAAUUGUGGAGAGUCUCAAGUCGAGGAAUGCGAGAAAUGUGUCUACAAUCACCAUCAACGAGGGCCAUAUGCCGCAAGUAUUGGCUCCGGAGGUGUUGGCGAAGGCGAUUGUUGAAGGUAUUUCUCAAGAAUUGAACAUCAUCAAUGCCAUCCUCGACAAGAUGGCCAUAUUAGCAGGCUUGAUUCUCUAUGCAUCUAUMCCCGCCAUCAUCCUUCUACAUCUGCUUGCCUCGCCACAUACAAAAGUCGAGGAAUCGUUCCACAUUCAAGCAACGCAUGAUAUCUUAACAUUUGGGAUUCCGUCACCUCUUCAACUCAAUCGUAGUGCAAUUGCCGAAAAAUUCCAGGCUAACUAUGAUCACUUCAGCUUUCCGGGAGCUGUUCCCCGCACUUUCAUUGGAGCACUAGCGCUCGCGAGUGCUUCGGGGCCCGUCAUCUGGUUUCAAGAGAACGUUGAUAGACAAUUAUUGGUUCGCGCAAUCCUUGGCCUGUUCAAUGCCGUAUCCUUGAUUGUAUUCGCGCGGGGCAUACAGAAGUCCUUCGGCAACGUGACGGCUUACUGGUACCUACUAUUUCAGGCCAGCCAGUUCCACGUUGCUUACUAUGCGUCGCGAACUCUGUCAAACAUGUUUGCCUUUGGCAUGACCACACUUGCGUUGCGACUUCUUCUUCCGGAGCCUGUCAGAAAUGAUGCAAAAAGUGUUAAAUCUACAAGGACAAAGGAAAAAGCCACAAAAGCUACAAGGGACACCAAAAAAGGUACUACGGUCUUACCUAACUAUUCAAGAUAUCGGCUUGCACUCGUCCUUUUCACUGUCGCUGGCAUUAUAUUCCGUUCGGAGCUCGCACUUUUGCUAGCGACGAACACUAUUUAUUAUUUCCUGACACGGCGGAUUCGUAUCUGGCAAGAUAUAAUACCAGCCGGGAUCAUUGGGCUUCUUGUUGGUCUUACAGCCACUGUGAUCGUCGAUUCCUACUUCUGGCAAGAAUUUCCCCUUUGGCCCGAAUUCAGUGCAUUCAAAUUCAACGUGGUGUCAGGUCAAGCCUCCGCCUGGGGGACUGAUCCCUGGUACUUCUACUUUACUAGUGCUCUGCCUCGCCUCCUUCUCAACCCAUUGACCUGUUUUCAACCACACAAAGAGUGGCGGUUCAUUAUCUAUAUUAUCCCGGCAUUGACAGCAGCAGCAGCUCAAGGCGCGGCGAAUAUAUGGACCAAUCGUGGAAAGUCAAUACUUUAUCGCUUACUCUCCUUCUCAUUGGUGGUGUCCACGCUCGGCUCCUUUUUAUUUUCCACUUUUAUCCUCCUGCCGAUUUCGUCGGCAAACUAUCCAGGGGCUCAGGCUAUUCAACGAGCUCACUUCCACGGUCAAGGCAGUCAACCCCGCAUUACCCUGUACAUGGGUAACCUGGCAUGCCAGACAGGUGUCACUAGAUUUCUACAACAAUCUCAGAACUCUACCUUUGUAGGUGGGAGUGAAAAGGAGGCCAACAUUGCCACAAAAUGGGAAUACGAUAAAACAGAAGACCCGGUCUUGAAGUCUACACCAGAGUUUUGGUCAAACAUUGAUUAUGCACUGGUCGAAGACCAAGAAUUUGAGCAACUUAAAUUACAUUCAUCAGACGCCGAUUCGUGGGAAAUCAUAGAUACUAUCGUCGGAUUCGGCGGAUUCAAGCUCAUCAAACCAUCCGAGCCACGCCAGCACGACGAUAGAAGCAGCAUAGAGAUCGACGCAAUCAGAUAUAUUGCGGGUGAUAAAGGUGUUAUUUACUACAAAAUAAUGCGAGACGAAAUUACUCGACGCUUGACGAGAGGGUACUGGGCCGAGAUGAGUCUGGUGCCGAGGAUCAGGGUCGUGAGGCAUUCGCGAGCUAUCUGA